CCAUCAAGGUGAGCUGCGUUGGAUCCUGUGGGGUAUCUAACAAGGUCAAUGACACAGCAUGGACUGUGGAGGAGCAGUACUUUAACAGCACGCUGUCUCUGGCAGACAAAGGGGUCCUGACAGCUGGAGAGCACAACUUUCCCUUCCAGUUCCUGCUGCCAGCCUCUGCUCCUACAUCCUUCGAAGGGCCUUUUGGCAAGGUCCUCCAUCAGGUGAAGGCUGUGAUAGACACACCUCGCUUCUCCAAGGACUACAAGUGCAGCAGAAUUUUCUACAUUCUCUGCCCUCUCAACCUGAACGACAUCCCUGACAUUGAGCAGCCCAACACUAUGUCAAUCACCAAGAAGUUCAACUACAAGCUUGUGAAAAGUGGCAACAUCAUCCUGACUGCCACCUCGGAUCUGAAAGGGUACAUCGUGGGCCAGGCCAUCCAGCUCCGCACUGACAUCGAGAACAAGUCGGGCCGGGACACGGGGGCUGUGGUAGCCAGUCUGCUGCAGAAAGUGGCUUAUAAAUCCAAGCGCUGGAUUUAUGACUUGAGGACCAUCGCAGAGGUGGAAGGCUCAGGAGUGAAAGCUUGGAAAUAUGCAGAGUGGAAGGAGCAGAUCCUCGUUCCAGCACUGCCCCAGUCCAUUCUGCAGGGCUGUAGCCUCAUCCAUAUCGACUACUACAUCCAGGUCUCCCUCAAGUCACCAGAGGUUUCAGUCACUCUCCCCAUUUACAUCGGUAACAUCGCUGUGAACAGGGUGCCCCUGAGCCCCUCCCGGCCCAUCCAGCACGUCCCUUCUGCAGUGGUGCCCAGUGCCCCCCCGGAGGAAGAGGAGGCUGCCAGUGGUUAUCACUCCAUGGACAAUGUCUCAAUCCCCACCAAAAGCCAUUCCCAGCAGCAACCAUUUAGCUAUGCCCCAGGACUGAGCUUCCAGGAGAUACGGGUGGACUCGGAGCAGACGGGCUCCCCAAACCACCCCACGCUCUGCCUGUCAACGGGGGCCACUGUCCCUUACUACGCCGAGGGGAAUGUGGUGCCUGUCCCCACCGCCAGCUCCCUCAUUUUGCCUCCAGAGUACAGCACAUGGGGCUACCCCUAUGAGGCACCUCCAUCCUACGAGCAGAGCUGCAGCAGUGCCAACUCCAGCAUCAGCAACGGCAACUGACCUCCCCUGCUCUGAGUCCUGCUGGUGCUGCCCACCCCAGUGCCACGGUUCAGCUGCCUACACCGAGGUCUGCUACAGCACGAGGCAUCUCUGUCUCUCUGGCUGCUUGGUGGGGUAAAUGGCACAGCCCAGCCUGGGCUUUUUAAGUCUCUUUCUAGGGAGGGGGGUGGGAAAACCAAAAAGUGCAGCCAGAGCAGCCUGUGUGUGCAUAGGAGAGGUCUGGGAAACUCAACUGCUGCUGCAUCAAGUGCUGCAGAACUGGUUUAGCCCCAGGGAUGGCCUCUGCAGCAGCCUGUGUUUAAAGUACUGUAGUCAACACUAACUGCAUUACUAUCAAAGCACCUGCGAUGCCUUAUCUGAAAUGCUCCUGACUUGGCAUGUCUCCACUGUAGGUGAAGGCUGGGCUGGGUGGACUUUUCUCUUCUCUUUAGGGGCCGUGUGCUCUCCAGAAGUGGUUUUGACAAUCUUGUCCUCAUAGGUCCUAAGGGUAGCUGAAACAGGAGGUUUCUUGGAGUGAGCGGGUUCGGAAGGACAGGGACUCUUCAAGAGCCAAAAGCACAAGGCCUCACUGUACCUGUGCUGUGGGGUGAGGGACCUGCAGCCUUUGGUCCUCCCACAG